ACCGCCCAGCGCUACGCGAGGGGAGGCGGAGCUUCGGGAGACGCCAGCUCCCGGUGUGACCCUCUGACGACGCUACCCAUGGCUGACUCGGCUGGGCCGCGCUCCGCCCGCCUCAAGGCCCGGACUCCCCGCGCUUCUCGAAACGCCACAGGUGCUAAACAGACAAAUGCCUUAAAACAAGAAGAUACUUCUAAAAGGAAAGCAGAACUAGAAGCAGCUGUGAGAAAGAAGAUUGAAUUUGAGAGAAAAGCUCUACAUAUUGUUGAACAGCUUUUAGAAGAGGAUAUUACAGAAGAAUUCCUAAGGGAGUGUGGGAAGGUCAUCACACCUGCUCACUACAGCGAUGUCGUGGAUGAGCGUUCUAUUAUCAAGCUCUGCGGUUAUCCUUUAUGUCAGAAAAAACUAGGACUUGUACCAAAACAGAAGUAUAAGAUUUCUACCAAAACCAAUAAAGUCUAUGAUAUUACUGAAAGAAAGUGUUUUUGCAGCAAUUUUUGUUACAAAGCAUCUAAGUUUUUUGAAGCACAAAUUCCUAAAACUCCAGUAUGGGUUCGAGAAGAGGAAAGGGAUCCUGAUUUUCAACUGCUACAGGAAGGACAAAGUGGCCAUUCUGGAAAGGAAGUACAGCUAUGCACUAAGGCCAUUAAAACAUCAGAUAUUGACAAUCCUGGCCAUUUUGAGAAGCAUUAUGAAUCUAGUUCUUCUAGCACUCAUAGUGACAGUAACAGUGACAAUGAGCAAGACUUUGUUUCCUCCAUUCUACCAGGAAACAGACUGGUAGAUGCAAUGGGUGUAAGUCCAAAGCUGCACAAAAAAAGCAUAAUGAAAAAGAAAGCCGGCCAUAAAGCUAACUCCAACCAUGAAGACAAAGAACAGACAGUAAUAGAUGUCUCUGAGCAGCUAGGCAAUUGCACAUUAGAUAGUCAGGAGAAAGCUGCUGCUUGUGAACUUCCUUCACAGAAAGUAAGUACUCAGAUUUCUCCAAAUAGUCCUUUGCAAGAAAAAGUAGAAGUUACAGAAAAUUCUGGAAAUAAAUACAGUAGUUCAAAAGUAACUCUAGUAGGCAUAAGUAAGAAAAGUGCUGAGCAUUUUAAGAGAAAGUUUGCCAAAUCAAACCAGGUUUCUAGAUCAGCCUCUAAUUCAGUGCAGAUGUGCCCUGAAGUUGCAAAGGCAAACUUACUUAAAGUCCUGAAGGAGACUUUGAUUGAGUGGAAGACAGAAGAAACUUUGAGGUUUUUGUAUGGCCAGAAUUAUGCUUCUUUGUGUCUGAAACUCUCUUCAGCCUCUCUGGUUAAAGAAGAAGAACUUGAUGAAGAUGACCUAGAUUGUGACCUAGACAGACAUUCUCCUUCCCUGCAGGGAUCUCAGAAUAGCUUGGAUGAGUCUUUACCUUUUAGGACUUCAGAUACAGCCAGUAAACCACUACCAAGUUAUGAGAAUUUGAAAAAAGAAACUGAAACCUUAAAUCUAAGGAUAAGGGAGUUUUAUAGAGGACGAUAUGUUUUGAAUGAAGAAACUACCAAAUCACAAGACUCAGAAGAGCAAGAUCCCACCUUUCCGCUGAUAGAUUCAAGUUCUCAGAACCAGAUUAGAAAACGCAUCGUACUUGAAAAGUUGAGUAAAAUAGUGCCUGGACUUUUGGGGCCUCUUCAGAUCACAUUAGGAGAUAUUUAUGCACAGCUUAAAAAUCUCGUUCGAACUUUCAGGUUAACAAAUAGAAAUAUUAUACACAAACCUGCAGAGUGGACCUUAAUUGCUGUGGUGUUGUUGUCAUUACUGACCCCGAUUCUUGGCAUUCAGAAGCAUUCUCAGGAAAACGUGGUGUUCACACAGUUUAUAGAGACUCUGCUUAAAGAAUUACAUUUAAAGAAUGAAGACCUUGAAAGCUUAACUCUCAUAUUUAAAACCAGUUGUUAACCAGAGUGGUAAGCCGGUGAAUGUACAAGUCCUGCUCUGUUGAAUCCGGACCUUGCUCCCUGGCACAUAGCCGUCCUCUACUCUCCCAGGUUCUUGCCUUUUUCACAACUAUCAGAGUGUCCCCUCUUUCAUCCUGCCUUAAUCAUACCUCUCCCUUUCCUCCUUUUACUUCUCACUUCAUUCUCUCAGGUGCUGAGAUAAGUAUUGAUUUAAUGUUAAGAUUGAAGAAAUUUAGCCAAAACUACAAAUGCGACCUUCUCAGGGAGCUUUUUUUUUUCUUUUUAACUUUCAAUUUCUUGAAUUAUACAAGCUUACUGUAAAAAUUAAUACAGAAUUGCAAAUGUAAUUUUAAAAAGGAAAAUUCCCCUCUCUGCCUCCAAUCCUAUCUACUUCACAGAAGCACAUUUGAUAUAUAUCAUUUUAUGUUUUAUAAAAACGAAAACAAAAAGCUCUUCAAGCACAUCUUUAAAUUUAUGAGAAGGAGAGGAAUUUUGGCAGAUAAGAAGGAACAGCAUCCCUUUAUUGAACCUGCUUGAUAAUUGAACAUAAGGAGUCAGCACAGUCACUACUGCCCAAUUUAUUCCCAGUGGCUUUCAGAUGACCCUGCUCCCCUGAGGACCUUGUAAAACAAAGGCUUUUACAUAGGGAAUGAGCUCAGGUUGACCUGUGUAAACAUCAAUUCAGAGGCCCUUCUAAAAAUAUAGUGAAGUUGGAGUUUGUUUCAUUGAGCUUCAGGUAAAGAAAAUAACAAAGAAUGCCUUACCCAGAAGUCCUCCCUAUUUAAUGAAUAAUACAAUCAAGAAUCAUUUUUAAUUAACAUAUUUAAAACUUGUAUAUAAACAGAUGGCGUUAAAGUAUUUUUGAGGACUUUUGACAAUAGAUGUUUUAAGUGGA